CGUCCCGCUGCCCCGCCCGGCCCGCGCCGCGUCCUCGCAGCAGCUGCCCCGGCCGCAGCCCGCGUGGAGCUCCGCGAGUCCCGGCCCGACGCCACCGCCCCACUGGCAGGCCGACGAGCGAGAGGCCGCGCCCGGCCGGCAGCGCGGGGGUUAAGGGGCCCAAGUAAACGCAGCCCCGCGAUCGGCGCCGGAGAUUCGCGAGCCGAGUGCCCUGCGCGGCCGCCCGCCGGCCUCCCGCCCGCCGGUCGGGACCUGUGGCUGGACCUCGGAGCCGCGUCCGAGUCGGGUUCUCGGCAGGAAACAAUGAAGGGAGACACCAGGCCACUCAGCAGAGAGGAGGAUGCCAGCGGGAGGGAAGACUCCAUCAUCACCAAUGGGGACUGCAGCAACCAGUCUUCUGACUCCAAGGAUGCGCCGUCACCCCCGAUCUUGGAGGCCAUCAGCACCCCGGAGAUCAGAGGCCGCAGAUCAAGCUCACGAUUGUCCAAGAGAGAGGUCUCCAGCCUGCUAAGUUAUACUCAGGAUCUGACGGGUGAUGGAGAUGGCGAUGAAGAAGAUGGAGAUGGCUCCGACACUCCAAUAAUGCCAAAACUCUUCCGGGAAACCAGGACUCGGUCUGAAAGCCCAGCUGUCCGAACCCGAAAUAACAUCAGUGCCUCUGGCCGGGAGAGGCACAGGCUCUCCCUCCGUUCCACCCGAGGCCGGCAGGGCCGCAAUCACAUGGACGAGUCCCCAGUGGAGUUCUCAACUACCAGGUCCCUGAGGCGGCGCACAGCAUCGUUGGCAGGCACACCAUGGCCGUCCCCAGAGAGCCCCUACCCCACGAUCGACCUCACCGAUGACAAUGUGGUGCCCCAGAGCAGUAGUACCCCUUACACCCGCCUGGCUCAGGACAGUCAACAGGAGAACUUGGACUCCCCACAGAUGUACACAGAGGGCAGAGAUACAGACGGCACCGAGUAUCAGGAUGGGAAGGAGUUUGGAAUAGGGGACCUCGUGUGGGGAAAGAUCAAGGGCUUCUCCUGGUGGCCUGCCAUGGUAGUGUCUUGGAAGGUCACCUCCAAGCGCCAGGCCAUGGCCGGCAUGCGGUGGGUCCAGUGGUUUGGCGAUGGCAAGUUCUCUGAGGUCUCUGCAGAUAAGCUGGUGGCCUUGGGGCUAUUCAGCCAGCACUUUAAUCUGGCGACCUUCAAUAAGCUGGUCUCUUAUAGGAAGGCCAUGUACCACGCUCUGGAGAAAGCCAGGGUGCGGGCUGGCAAGACCUUCCCCAGCAGCCCCGGAGACUCAUUGGAGGACCAGCUGAAGCCCAUGUUGGAGUGGGCCCAUGGGGGCUUCAAGCCCACCGGGAUCGAGGGCCUCAAACCCAACAACAAGCAAACAGUGGUUAAUAAGUCGAAGGUGCGUCGUGCAGGCAGUAUGAAAUUAGAAUCAAGGAAAUACGGUAUUCCCUUCCCAUCCUUUGACUAUGCACUAUUUUCUUUGCACUGCCUUUCAAUUUCUUUGCCUCUACAGUGGUCACUGGAAAAGAAAUCUCAACCUGAACUCUCAUCCCCCACUUCACUCUCAACCUUCACAAGUCCUCCAUCCAGGUUAACCUUGUUGGAGAACAAGAAGCGCAGACGCACAGCCGAUGACUCGUCCACCUCCACGGACUACUGCCCCCAACCGAAGCGCCUCAAGACAAACUAUAACAAUGGCAAAGACCGAGGAGAGGAGGACCAGACUCGAGAGCAAAUGGCUUUGGAUGUUGCCAACAACAAGAGUAGUCUGGAAGACAGCUGUUUGUCCUGUGGUAGGAAAAACCCCGUGUCCUUCCACCCUCUCUUUGAGGGGGGACUCUGCCAGACGUGUCGGGACCGGUUCCUCGAGCUGUUCUACAUGUACGACGAUGAUGGCUACCAGUCCUACUGCACCGUGUGCUGUGAGGGGCGCGAGCUGCUUCUGUGCAGCAACACAAGCUGCUGCCGGUGCUUUUGUGUGGAGUGCCUGGAUUUGCUGGUGGGCACGGGCACAGCAGCAGAUGCCAAGCUGCAGGAGCCCUGGAGCUGCUACAUGUGCCUCCCUCAGCGCUGUCACGGGGUCCUGCAGCGCCGCAAGGACUGGAAUGUUCGCCUGCAGUCCUUUUUCACCAGCGACCCUGGUCUCGAAUACGAAGCCCCCAAGUUAUAUCCUGCGAUUCCUGCAGCCCGAAGGCGGCCCAUUCGAGUCUUGUCCCUGUUUGAUGGAAUUGCCACAGGGUACUUGGUCCUCAAAGAAUUGGGGAUCAAAGUAGAGAAGUAUGUCGCCUCUGAAGUGUGUGAAGAGUCCAUCGCCGUUGGAACUGUUAAGCACGAAGGCAACAUUAAAUAUGUGAAUGACGUCAGGAACAUCACAAAGAAAAAUGUUGAAGAAUGGGGUCCCUUUGACUUGGUAAUUGGCGGGAGCCCAUGCAAUGAUCUCUCAAAUGUGAACCCCGCCAGGAAAGGCCUAUAUGAGGGCACGGGCCGGCUUUUCUUCGAGUUCUACCACCUGCUGAACUACGCCCGGCCCAAGGAAGGCGACGACCGGCCCUUCUUCUGGAUGUUUGAGAACGUGGUAGCCAUGAAGGUGGGCGACAAGAGGGACAUCUGUCGGUUCCUGGAGUGUAAUCCAGUGAUGAUCGAUGCCAUCAAAGUGUCUGCUGCUCACAGGGCCCGAUACUUCUGGGGCAACCUGCCCGGGAUGAACAGGCCCGUGAUAGCAUCAAAGAAUGAUAAACUCGAGCUGCAGGACUGCUUGGAGUUCAAUAGGACAGCAAAGUUAAAGAAAGUACAGACAAUAACCACCAAGUCGAACUCGAUCAGACAGGGGAAAAACCAACUUUUCCCAGUUGUCAUGAAUGGCAAAGAAGAUGUUUUGUGGUGCACUGAGCUAGAAAGGAUCUUCGGCUUUCCUGUGCACUACACGGACGUGUCCAACAUGGGCCGCGGUGCCCGCCAGAAGCUGCUCGGGAGGUCCUGGAGCGUGCCUGUCAUCCGACACCUCUUCGCCCCCCUGAAGGACUACUUUGCCUGUGAAUAGUCCCCCAGCCACUCCGGGGCACUGCGGUGUGCGGGGCAGGGCUGGGACCCAGGAGGCACAUCCCAGGCCCCGGCCUUCCUUAGCUCAGCUGUGUGGGGUCACACCACGUAUCUUGGGCCACAGCCACCCGACACCCUCUUGGCAGGGGGUGCCCAGGUGCCACCUCCUUGCGCACAAUUCAACUUGGCCUCUUAGAACGGCCAAACACGGUGCUCAUCUUAUCUUGUAAAACUUUGAAACUUGAAGUAGUUAGUACAGAUUGCUUUUUUUCCCCCUCCCUCCUGGGUUUACCGCUCAGAAACAAUGGCUAAUAUACCAAAACCACAGUGCUGACAUGACUGCUCUCCCAUACUCAGGUUAAGGCUGAAAAGUGAACCGAGGCAGUUACUGCAAUACUUUAUUUUUUAAGCGUCCGCAGCAACUUGUUUCCAGGUGUGUACAGACAUGUUGUAGCUGAGGGACAUUUUAAGGGACCAGGAUGCUUUUUUUCUAGGGCAGAUUUGGAAAUGAUGUCUGCCAUUCUUGAAUUUUACCCAGCAUGUUCCCCUCACCUCAGUAUAAAGGGCUGGGAUGCACUGUUGGGGCCCACUGAGAGUAUUGUCCACACUGGUGAUAAUUUCAGGGCUAUUUUUCCCCCCUAGACCCAAGGGGAGGAAGGGUCACCCUUAGCUAAAUCCCUCCCAGUGACUGCAAUAGAACCCUCCAGGCAGCUCAGGAAGGAAGGGGUGGUCUGGGCCAUAAGCUGACAUAUAUUAUGUAGGUAGGUAUGGCCACUCACUAUCUCUUCCCUGUGUGAGGAGUGGAAGAGGACCCUUAGGUAAGGACUCCACCCCCGUCCACACACAGAUGCACCCUCCCUUCAUCACAGAUACAGGUCCCCCAGAUUAGAAGUAUGACCCUAACUCCUCAGUCUUUCUCGAAACACAGAAGCAGUGAUAGCCAGGGGCAGAAGCACAUUCCUCGCAUCUAAGAGACUGCAGGGGGAAAACUGUAAUAAAAGCGUGACCCUCCUUCCAGAGAUUUUUAAGUCCUUUUUUAUUCCAUGGUAAUUCUUUUGUAGGGAUAACAUGAGGUGGACAAGCUGCAUUUCAGAAAUGCUGUUGUAAUGGUUUUUAACACCUUUUACUCUUCUUACUGGUGCUAUUUUGUAGAAUAAGGAAUAUUAUUGACAGGUUUUGUGGGCGUUUUUUUUUAAUACAUUUUUUAAAACUCAGACUUCUAUUUUUGUUUUACCAUUUUCAUAGAAAUUUUUUGUGUGUGACGGGAGUCACAUAACAAGAACGGGGGUAAAUUGUGCCUUGUUUCCACAAUUUUUUUGUUAUUUUGGGGGCUGAAAGAUAAAGGACGCCUGUUGUUUACCUUCUGUUGGAUUAAAAUCAGUAUUUCUCUAUAACUG